CAUACAAAGGACAGCGGUCAGCUAAUCAAACUGCCCGCUCUCUAGCGUCAACGUCAACAGCCGAAUAAUCGCGGUUUCACAUGGUUAAUAUCAUACUAAAUGUGUCAUUCUAUCCUUGCGAGCCAUGUUGCAUGCUCGUAGCAAAACUGUGGCAACAAUUGAUUUUGGUUGAGUUUUGAAAACGGAGGCAGUGCAGACGGAAAUCUUUUGAGUGUGUCUUCGUGUUUUCAACUGUUGCAAGUUUGGCUGGCAUUAGUGCUUCAGCGUUGUUUCCUCUGGAGGGGAAAGCCACAACAGGAGAGUAAAAUUGAAUUGGAAGAAUACGAAGUUGCGAAUAAUGUCUCAGCGGGAACUCAUAACCCAAGCUUUUCGCAGUUAAUAACUGAAGCAUGGAGAAAACGAGAACUCUUAAAUAUCCCAAGCCUUACCUACUGCAUAUUAUUAAGGAAGUCCCAGGGCUGGCAAGCUUUCGUUCUACACGAGACUCCUUAACGGUUUUAUGUCUCAGAUGAUAGCUGGAUUUUAUUGGCUACAAUUCUAAUUACAAUGAAUCUGAAAGUGCAUCGUCCGCGCCAAGUUCUUGUCGUAGCUCUUGUUACUUCGAUAUUUUGGUUUGUUUUAAACAUUUUGAUUCUUUACUCUUAUCAAGGAAGUUUCGUUUUACAGCGAAGUAGUGCUAUACAGUUGAAUGAAAUUCCUAAUGGCGGUAAUCGACCGGUUGAUAAAAUCGCCAAAGAGGCACGUGGAGAUUUGCCAAGUGAUAAACUGAAUGCGAAGUCAAGGCGACGCUCUCAGCACGAACUCGACGAUCAAGAUGAAAAUUUCUUACAACAUAGAUUAGCAACUCUCUCUAACUCUCAUAAAAAAACUAAUUCAAACAAGGACACGUUAACGCGAAAUGUAAACAGACUAAAUCCAAAAAUUGUAAGGCAACGGAAGAGACCGGUUUUUACGACGGAAGCGACCGAACACACAAGAAACGACAACACGGAUGAGAGUGAUUUAGCAACUGAAGAAGACCCGAAUGGACCUGGAGAACACGGUGAGGCUGUCCAAAUCUUAGCCAGCGAGAAGGAAAAAGAGACGGAGGGAUAUAAUCAGCAUGCCUUCAAUGAAUUGGCCAGUAACAAGAUUUCGUUUCAUCGCUCAAUUCCGGACACUCGGGAGCCAGGAUGCUCGUCGAAGUCGUACCCUUCCUACCUACCGUCCACUACCGUGGUCAUCUGCUUCCACAACGAGGCGUGGUCGACUCUACUCCGGACGGUGCAUAGUGUGAUUGACAGAAGCCCCGCCCACCUACUGAGAGAAAUACUGCUUAUUGACGACUUCAGCACACACGAUUACUUGAAAUCUAAGCUUUCUGCAUACGUGGCUAAGCUACGUAAUGUUCGAGUCCUUCGCACCUCAAAACGGGAGGGGUUAAUCCGGGCACGUCUAAUCGGUGCGCGCGCAGCCAAGGGUGACGUCAUCACAUUCCUCGACGCACACUGCGAGGCUAAUGUUGACUGGCUGCAGCCGCUGUUGUCGCGUAUCCAUAGUGACCGGACUAUUGUGGCCGUGCCUGUGAUUGAUAUAAUCAGCUCGACCAACUUCAUGUACAGCGGUACGCCAUCCGCUGUGAUUGGAGGUUUUAGCUGGGAUAUGCAAUUUACGUGGCAUUCGUUGCCAAACAACAGGCAGAGCGAGCGAAAGGAUAGGACAGCGCCUAUCAGGACUCCCACAAUGGCCGGAGGCUUGUUCUCUAUUGAUCGCAAGUACUUCUUCGAGUCGGGCUCUUAUGAUGAAGGAAUGGACGUGUGGGGAGGUGAAAAUCUGGAAAUGUCAUUUAGGAUUUGGCAAUGCGGUGGGAAGUUGGAAAUCUUACCCUGUUCACGUGUCGGUCACGUGUUUCGUACCCGUUUUCCGUACUCGUUUCCAGGCGGGUACUCAGAGGUCAGCGUUAACUUGGCACGUGUUGUUCACGUGUGGAUGGAUGAAUACAACCAGUACGUGUACAUGAAGCGGCCAGACUUGCAAAGCCUUAAGUACGGAGACAUCACUUCACGUGUUGCUCUUAGAAACAAGUUGAAGUGCAAGAGCUUUAAGUGGUAUCUGGAAAACGUGUACCCGGAACAGACCUUUCCCGGAGGGGGCUCGAAAGUUCAUGGAGAGAUCCGUAACCCGCGCACUAACCUAUGUGUGGAUACGAUGGGAAGGUCUAUGACUGGUGUUCUUGGCUUGUCUCAAUGCCAUGGACUGGGUGGAAAUCAGCUUUUUUUCCUGACGUCUGAAGGCCAGCUAAGGACAGGGGAUGAUUCACACCCUCUCUGCGCCGAGGCCCUGGACCGAGAGAUUAUGCUGAUGGGAUGUGACGAUCGUGAGGAAAAUAAACAGUGGAAGAUUAAGGGUAAAUCCAUCUACCACCGUUCAUUGCGCCUGUGCAUGGACAUGAAUGCAAGCGCGAAUAGCGUUGUACUGAGUCCGUGCAUGCGCUCAUCAAACCAGGAAUGGAUAUUCCCUAAACCUUGAUCAGUGAUGCUGUGUCAGCAAGGUGAAGCAUUGCCUUCACUCUUUUAUAGCGCCAGCCAAACAUCUUAGAAUGCGUAGGUCGCGGCCCCGUGAUGAGAAAAGGGGCUUCGUGGAUGGACAGUCCAAGGGUGGAGGAGAGAAAUGGUGGAUAUUAUGUGCUUUUAGUAACAGCUGGGUAACGUCUUGUCCAGUGUAGACCUUUAUUCACUACCACGUGCCGAACAUUCCUUACCCUGGAGACCAGAGGCUCCGAGAGUUUUUCGAGCGAAGCGAGAGUUUUUCGAACGAAGCGAGACCCCCGCCCCCUAGCAUGCUGGGAAAAGCGGAUAUUCAGCCUCUGGAACCCAGGGUAAACAUUCCUCUUUGCACUCGGUAAAACGGCACCAAUACAAACUAGGUUUUGAACAGCAUGAUACCAAAGAAAGGGGCAGGUGGCGCGGUGCAUCCUGGUCUACAUGCAGGUUUAAUGUGAACGGUUUAUGCAUUCAAAAUUUGUCAUUUGAAAUAUCAGAUUUAUAUAUUUUAUUAUACAGAUAUUAUAGCAUUUUGCGUUUUUACAGAUUUAAGAUGCUCCUUUGUUGAUAGCGCAAAGAUUGCUAAUUAUUUCUUUCGUUGCAGCGAUUUGUCUGCUUGGUAAAUAUUUAUAGAUUGCUAUAGGUUAUGAUAAACAAAAUAUUAUUAAAGAGAUAAUUUAUCAACAA